AUGGAAGAACCCUCUGAGUCCACAGUGGAACCUGCCCCAGUGCAGGCGCACGAACCUCCAACGGCACCAGCUGCCAUGUCAACGGUCAACAAGAAACGUCCCAAAAUCGAUCUCGCCGUUCAAAGCGGUGAACGCAGGCGCGGCAAGAGCAUGUUCGGCAUCGUACUCGGCACUUUGAAGAAGGCAAAGCUCGAGGACAAGGAGCGAAAUGCGAGCGAAGCGGCGAAAAAGAGACACUUGUUAGAGCAGAGACUACAGGCUAAGCUACAGAAAGAGACUGACUCCGUCAGACGCGCAGAAGAGGCCAAGAAAGACAAAACUACCGCUAAUAGGAAGGAAGAGGAACUUCAGCUCAAGGACUCCAUCUACAAACUUCGACGGAUCCGGUUACCGUUAUUGAGCAACUUCUUGUCAACGUCUGACAUUAUCCCAUCAGAUCCGACGUCGGCCGCAUCGUCGGACCCUCUCGCACCACUUCCUCGAUCACAUCCACCACCCUUGUACUAUCGCCCUGCCAUAUUGACCCCCUCACAGGAGGCGUUCCUUGCGAAACGCCAGACAGAGGUCGCGGAAGCCAUUGAGAAAGAAUGGCUUGCUUUCCGCGAGGAAAGAACAGCAGGUAUCGAGGAAAUAAAGCGGCUCCGCCAACGCGUCUCGGAAGAAGAAGCUCGGCAGAGGAAAGAGCGUGAAGCCAACAGGGAAGAAACACCCAAAGAAGAGGGUGAAGGUGGACAGGACAAGGAGGCUGAGGAGCAGCAGGUCAAAGAACCCGAAUCGGCAAUGGAAGUGGACGAAGAACGGAGGUCUGAAUCGGCGGCACGGAAAGAGGAUGUUUGCAGGGAACCGGAUCGAAAAGAUGAGCCUGCGCCAAUGCAGGCAGACGAUGAAGAUGCUGUCGAAUACUGA